AUGCACAUUUUUCCAUCAGAAACAACAUAUAAAGAGAAAGUAGUGGAUUUUAUUAAAUUAUUACCAUUGAAUGUUAAUGAUUUGCCGCACUUUUAUAUCUUUGCGUCGCCGAAAUCAUACAAAGAAAAUUAUGAUUACGAAACUCAACCGGAGAAAAUACUUCACAAUUCACGUGAAUGGGACCGUCCUUAUGUUGGUGGAAGCCGUAGUUCAUCAAGUGUUUUGCUUAGUGCACUAUGUGCGUUACGAAUGUUUUUCCAUCCGAUCAAUGAUAUUGAAGAUGGUGACGAAGCAUAUCGAAACGCUUUACUUCAUGUCGGUUAUCGAAAAGCCCUAGAAGCUCAAUUUUUUAUUCAUUUACGUGAAUAUCUUUUUUUUCCAGCUGUUCUAGCUUUGAAACAUGUGAUGGAAGGGACCGUGUUUAAAUUUGAAAAACAAUUAUUAGCUGCGUCUUUAGCCGACCUGUUGCGUUUAUUUUGUUCACCAGCUGUUAGAGACGAACAUAUUUUGUAUUAUACGCCAUUAUUAUUUAGUUGGUUACUAAAUAAAUGCAACGUGGAAUCAUCGGAGACCGAUUCAUUUCAAAUAGUCGAACUCAGACAGCAAACAACAACCAUGGCUUAUUUUGUUAAUCCAAUAACGCGGCCGGGUAUAAAGAAAAACAAUCAACUGUUACUUGAAGAGUUGACAGAAGAAAAUGAUUUGCACUGUAUUCGUCAUUUAGGUAAGUAG